GACAGUGCAUCAGCUGACCAAGACAAUUUAAAAUAUUCUUCAUCCAGAGAUCGGGGCAGUUCUGCCUCCUAUGGAUUACAACCCUCAAAUUCAGCUGUGGUGUCUCGGCAAAGACACGAUGAUAUCAGAGUCCACACUGACAUACAGAAUGAAGAAAAAGGUGGCUACAGUGUCAAUGGAGGAUCUGGGGAAAAUACUUAUGGUCGGAAGUCGUUGGGGCAAGAGCUGAGAGUUAACAAUGUGACCAAUCCUGAUUUUACCAGUGUUCCGCAUGGGAAUCGUGCUUUAGCCACAAAAGACAUGAGGAAAUCACAGGAGCGACCGUUGUCUUAUUCUGACGAGUCUCGACUGUCAAAUCUUCUUCGGAGGAUUACUCGGGAAGACGACAGAGACCGAAGACUGGCUACUGUAAAGCAACUGAAAGAAUUCAUUCAGCAACCAGAAAACAAACUGGUACUUGUUAAACAACUGGAUAAUAUCCUGACUGCCAUUCAUGAUGUGCUCAAUGAAAGUAGCAAAUUGCUUCAGGAAUUGAGACAGGAAGGAGCUUGCUGUCUUGGCCUUCUUUGUGCUUCUCUGAGCUACGAGGCUGAGAAGAUCUUUAAAUGGAUUUUUAGCAAAUUCAGUUCAUCCACAAAAGAUGAAGUUAAACUUCUUUAUUUGUGUGCAACCUACAAAGCACUAGAGACUGUAGGAGAAAAGAAAGCAUUUUCAUCUUUAAUGCAGCUUGUAAUGACCAGCCUGCAGUCCAUCCUAGAAAAUGUUGAUACACCAGAAUUACUGUGCAAGUGUGUCAAGUGCAUCCUUUUGGUGUCUCGAUGCUACCCACACAUUUUCAGCACCAAUUUUAGGGACACAGUGGACAUACUGGUUGGGUGGCACAUAGAUCACACUCAGAAACCUUCUUUGACACAACAGGUCUCUGGAUGGCUGCAGAGCUUGGAGCCCUUUUGGGUGGCUGAUCUAACUUUUUCUACCACACUUUUGGGUCAGUUUUUGGAAGAUAUGGAAGCUUAUGCUGAGGAUCUCAGCCACGUGGCUUCUGGGGAAUCGGUAGAUGAGGACAUUCCUCCUCCCUCGGUGUCGCUGCCCAAACUGGCUGCACUUCUGCGGGUGUUCAGCACUGUGGUGAGGAGCAUUGGGGAGCGCUUCAGCCCCAUCAGAGGACCACCAAUUACAGAAGCUUAUGUAACUGAUGUUCUGUACAGAGUAAUGAGAUGUGUGACUGCAGCAAACCAAGUUUUCUUCUCCGAAGCUGUGCUUACAGCUGCCAAUGAGUGUGUUGGGGUUUUGCUUGGCAGCCUGGAUCCCAGUAUGACCAUACACUGUGACAUGGUCAUCACCUAUGGAUUAGAUCAAAUGGAAAAUUGUCAGACCUGUGGCACUGACUACGUCAUUUCAGUCCUGAAUCUGUUGACGCUGAUUGUUGAACAAAUAAAUACAAAGCUACCAUCAUCAUUUGUAGAGAAAUUAUUUAUACCAGAGUCUAAACUACUUGUUCUUCGUUAUCAUAAGGAGAAAGAGGUUGUUGCAGCAGCCCUUGCUGUAUACCAAGCUGUAUUGAGCCUGAAGAACAUUCCUGUUCUGGAGACUGCUUACAGGUUGAUUCUAGGAGAAAUGACCUGUGCUUUAAAUAGUCUUCUCCAUAGUUUACAUCUUCCUGAGGCCUGUUCCGAAAUCCAGCAUGACUCUUUCAAGAAGCUUAUAUCCAAUGUGGAUAAUGCCAAGUUUGUUGUUAUAUUUGACCUCAGUGCUCUAAGUACUAUCGGAAAUGCUAAAAACUCAUUAAUUGGGAUGUGGGCCCUUUCACCGACUGUGUUUGCACUGCUGAGUAAAAACCUGAUGAUUGUUCAUGGUGACAUAGCAGUUCACUUCCCUGCUGUCCAGUAUGCAGUGCUCUACACAUUGUACUCACACUGCUCCAGGCAUGACCAUUUCAUAUCCAGUAGCCUCAGUUCUUCCUCUCCUUCUCUGUUUGAUGGAGCAGUUAUAAGUACUGUAACUACAGCAACAAAAAAACAUUUCUCAAUCAUACUGAACCUUUUGGGGCUACUGCUUAAGAAGGAUAACCUUACUCAAGAUACCAGGAAACUACUUACAACAUGGGCUUUGGAAGUGGCUCUUCUGAUGAAGAAGUCAGAAACAUAUACUCCGUUAUUUUCUCUCCCAUCUUUUCAUAAGUUUUGCAAAGGACUUUUAGCAAACACACUUCUGGAAGAUGUGAACAUUUGUCUUCAAGCAUGUAGUAGCCUCCAUGCCUUGUCUUCCUCCCUUCCAGAUGACCUUUUACAGAGGUGUGUUGAUGUGUGUCGUGUUCAACUAGUCCAUAGUGGUGCUCGUGUGAGACAAGCUUUUGGAAAACUUCUGAAGUCAAUUCCUUUAGAUGUUGUGUUGAGUAACCGUACCCACACAGAAAUACAAGAAAUAUCUUUGGCUAUAAGAAGUCACAUGAGCAAAGCUCCAAGUAACACAUUCCACCCACAGGAUUUCUCUGAUGUCAUUAGUUUUAUUUUGUAUGGAAACCUCCACCGAACUGGGAAGGAUAAUUGGUUAGAAAGGUUAUUCUAUAGCUGUCAAAGACUGGAUAAGAGAGAUCAGCCAACCAUCCCUCGGAACCUGUUGAAGACUGAUGCUGUGCUGUGGCAAUGGGCUGUCUGGGAAGCAGCUCAGUUCACUGUUCUUUCAAAGCUACGAACUCCUCUGGGGAGAGCCCAAGAUACAUUUCAAACAAUUGAAGGUAUUAUUAGGAGCCUUGCAGCCCACACGUUAAACCCUGAUCAAGAUGUCAGCCAGUGGACUACUGCAGACAAUGAUGAAGGACACAGUAGCAACCAGCUCAGGCUUGUUCUCCUUCUGCAGUAUUUGGAGAACUUGGAAAAAUUGAUGUACAAUGCAUAUGAAGGAUGUGCCAAUGCCCUUACCUCUCCACCCAAGGUUAUCAGGACGUUCUUUUAUACCAAUCGCCAGACAUGCCAGGAUUGGCUGACACGGAUCAGACUUUCCAUCAUGAGAGUUGGAUUGCUGGCUGGCCAGCCUGCUGUGACAGUCAGGCAUGGAUUUGAUUUACUCACAGAAAUGAAAACUAAUAAUAGUAUCUCUCAGGGAAAUGAAUUGGAAGUGACAAUUAUGAUGCUGGUAGAAGCAUUAUGUGAGCUUCACUGUCCUGAAGCUAUUCAGGGUAUUGCUGUCUGGUCUUCUGCUGUAGUUGGGAAGAGUCUCUCCUGGAUCAAUUCCGUAGCUCAGCAAGCAGAAGGGCGGUUUGAAAAAGCAACUGCGGAAUAUCAGGAGCAUCUCUGCUCCAUGACUGGAGUGGAUUGCUGUAUCACAGGCUUUGACAAGACUGUUCUGAAGUUGGCCAAUUCAAACAGUGUGAACAAUGCCAGCCCAAAGCAUUCCUUGAAUGGAGAAGCUAGGAAAACAGUUCUGACUAAGCCAAGUGACUCUUCACCUGAAGUGAUAAACUACCUGGGUAACAAGGCAUGUGAAUGUUACAUUUCCAUUGCUGACUGGUCAGCUGUUCAGGAGUGGCAAAACAUGGUCCAUGAACUGAAGAAGAGCAAUAGUAAUACCUCAAUCAAUCUGAAAGCAGAUUUUAACUACAUAAAAUCUUUGAGCAGCUUUGAGUCUGGACAACUUACUGAGUGCACUGAACAACUAGAAUUACUACCAGGAGAAAAUAUCAACCUGCUUGCAGGGGGAUCCAAAGAAAAAAUAGACAUGAAGAAGCUCCUUCCUAAUAUGCUGAGUCCUGAUCCAAGAGAACUUCAAAAAGCAGUUGAAGUACAGCUUUUGAGAAGUUCAGUAUGUCUGGCAACAGCUGCAAACCACAUAGAUCAGGAGCAAAAGUGGCAGUCAAUAUCUGAAAAUCUUAUUAAGUACUUAAAGCAAACAUCCCGCAUCGCUAUUGGGCCUUUGAGACUUUCCACACUCACCGUGUCUCAGUCUUUACCAGUGUUGAGCACUCUUCAGUUGUACUGUUCUUCUGCUUUGGAAAACACUGUAUGCAACAGGCUGACAUCAGAGGACUGUCUUAUACCUCUCUUCAAUGAAGCAUUGAGGUCAUGCAAACAGCAUGAUGUAAGGCCAUGGAUGCAUGCCCUGAGGUACACAGUGUACCAGAAUCAACUGAUGGAAAAGCUUAAAGAACCAACAGUCCCAAUUAAAAGCCAUCUAAUGGAACUGGGCUUAACAGCAGCAAAAUUUGCACGGAAGCGAGGAAACAUCGCCCUGGCUACACGACUGCUCGCCCAGUGCAGCGAAGUUCAGCUGGGGAAAACCACCACUGCACAGGACUUAGUCCAGCACUUUAAAAAAUUGUCUGCACCAGGUCAGAUAGAUGAAAAAUGGGGUCCUGAACUUGAUAUUGAGAAAACAAAGUUGUUGUACACAGCAGGUCAAUCAACACAUGCCAUGGAAAUGCUGAGUUCUUGUGCCAUAUCUUUCUGUAAAUCUGCCAAAGCCGAAUACGCAGUUGCUAAAUCUAUUCUCACACUGGCUAAAUGGAUCCAAGCAGAAUGGAAAGAGAUCUCAGGACAGUUGAAACAAGUAUAUAGAGCUCGACAGCAGCAGAAUCACACUGGCCUGUCUACCUUGUCUAAAAACAUAUAUAAUUUGAUUGAUCUGCCAGCUGUUAAUACACUAGAAGAUGAAUAUCCUAGGAUUGAAAGUGAAUCUACAGUAAACAUUGGAGUUGGAGAACCAGACUUCAUCUUGGGCCAGCUGUAUCACUUGUCUUCAGUACAGGCACCUGAAGUAGCCAAGUCUUGGGCAGCCCUGGCUAGCUGGGCUUAUAGAUGGGGCCGCAAAGUAGUUGAUAAUGCCAGUCAGGGAGAAGGUGUUCGGCUGCUUCCCCGGGAGAAAUCUGAGGUUCAGAACUUGCUUCCAGACAACAUUGCAGAGGAGGAUAAAGAGAAAAUCUAUGGGAUUCUUGGGCAGGCAGUGUGUCGGCCAGCUGGGAUUCAAGAUGAAGAUAUGACUCUACAAAUCACUGAAAAUGAGGACAAUGAAGAAGAUGAUAUGGUGGAUGUGAUAUGGCGUCAGUUAUUAACAAGUUGUCCCUGGCUUUCAGAUCUUGAUGAAAAUGCAACAGAAGGAUUAAUUAAAGUCUGGAGGAAAGUUGUAGACAGAAUCUUCAGUCUCUAUAAACUGUCCUGCAGUGCAUACUUUACUUUCCUCAAACUCAAUGCUGGUCAGGUUCCACUUGAUGAAGAAGAUCCCAGACUGCACUUAAGAAACACCUCUGAGCAAAGCACUGAUGAUGUGAUUGUGAUGGCAACCCUGAGACUGUUACGAUUGCUUGUGAAACAUGCUGGAGAACUUAGACAGUAUCUAGAGCAUGGGCUAGAAACUACACCUACUGCUCCUUGGAGAGGUAUUAUUCCCCAGCUUUUCUCCCGCCUGAAUCACCCAGAAGUGUACGUUCGUCAGAGCAUUUGCAACUUACUGUGUCGAGUUGCUCAGGAUUCUCCUCAUCUCAUCCUCUAUCCUGCAAUAGUGGGAACCAUUUCACUUAGCAGUGAAUCCCAAACUUCAGGAAACAAGCUGCCUUCUGCCAUCCCUACUUUGCUAGGUAAUAUUCAAGGAGAAGAGCUGUUGGGUGGUGAAUGUGAUGGAGGGAGUACUCCAGCUUCCCAAGAAAGUAGUAAAGAUGAUACAAAAGCUGGAUUAAAUGAAGAUCAAGCAAUGAUGCAAGAUUGCUACAGCAAAAUUGUGGAGAAACUGUCUGCUGCAAAUCCAACAAUGGUAUUGCAGGUUCAGAUGCUUGUGGCUGAGCUGCGCAGAGUUACGGUUCUCUGGGAUGAACUUUGGUUGGGAGUUCUCCUGCAGCAGCACAUGUACGUCCUCAGACGGAUUCAACAACUGGAAGAUGAAGUCAAGAGGGUCCAAAACAACAACACAUUACGGAAAGAGGAGAAAAUAGCAAUCAUGCGUGAAAAGCACACAGCUCUGAUGAAGCCCAUUGUGUUUGCUUUGGAACACGUGAGGAGCAUCACUGCAGCUCCUGCAGAAACUCCUCAUGAGAAAUGGUUUCAGGAUAACUAUGGAGAUGCAAUUGAAAAUGCACUGGAGAAACUUAAGAAUCCUUUGAAUCCUGCGAAACCUGGAAGCAGCUGGCUCCCUUUUAAAGAGGUAAUGCUGAGUUUGCAGCAGAGAGCACAGAAACGGGCCAGUUACCUCUUACGACUUGAAGAAAUCAGUCCUUGGUUGGCUGCCAUGAUGAACACUGAAAUAGCACUUCCUGGAGAGGUGUCCACCAGGGACACAGUCACCAUCCACAGUGUGGGCAGCACCAUCACCAUCCUGCCGACCAAAACCAAACCUAAAAAGCUGCUUUUCCUGGGUUCAGACGGGAAGAACUAUCCCUACCUGUUCAAAGGUUUGGAAGACUUGCAUCUAGAUGAGAGAAUCAUGCAGUUCUUAUCCAUUGUGAACACCAUGUUUGCCACGAUCAACCGGCAAGAGACACCACGGUUCCAUGCAAGGCACUACUCGGUGACACCUCUGGGGACGAGGUCAGGCCUCAUCCAGUGGGUGGAUGGAGCCACGCCUUUGUUUGGGCUUUACAAGCGCUGGCAACAGCGGGAAGCUGCUUUGCAGGCACAAAAGGCUCAGGACUCUUACCAGACUCCUCAGAACCCUGGAAUAGUUCCUAGACCCAGUGAGCUUUACUACAGUAAAAUUGGACCUGCUUUGAAGGCAGUCGGGCUUAGUCUUGACGUGUCACGUCGUGACUGGCCCUUGAAUGUCAUGAGGGCUGUUCUGGAAGAGCUGAUGGAAGCAACUCCUCCAAAUCUCCUUGCUAAGGAGCUCUGGUCAUCGUGUACCACACCAGAUGAGUGGUGGAGAGUUACACAGUCGUAUGCAAGAUCCACUGCAGUUAUGUCCAUGGUUGGCUACAUCAUUGGUCUUGGAGACAGACAUCUGGAUAAUGUUCUUAUAGAUAUGACUACAGGAGAAGUUGUCCACAUAGAUUAUAAUGUUUGCUUUGAAAAAGGGAAAAGCCUUAGGGUCCCAGAGAAGGUUCCAUUCCGGAUGACGCACAACAUUGAAACAGCACUGGGAGUGACAGGAGUGGAAGGGGUGUUCAGGCUUUCUUGUGAACAGGUGCUUCAUAUUAUGCGGCGUGGGAGAGAAACUUUGCUUACACUGCUGGAAGCUUUUGUUUAUGAUCCACUGGUGGACUGGACAGCUGGAGGCGAGGCAGGAUUUGCUGGGGCUGUCUAUGGUGGUGGUGGCCAGCAGGCUGAAAACAAACAGAGCAAAAGGGAAAUGGAAAGGGAUAUUACACGGAGUCUCUUUUCCUCGAGGGUGGCAGAGAUAAAGGUUAACUGGUUUAAGAACAGAGAUGAAAUGCUUGCUGUGCUGCCAAAACUGGACAGUAGUUUAGAAGAGUACCUGAACCUGCAGGAGCAGUUAACAGAUGUAGAAAAGUUGCAAGGAAAACUACUGGAAGAGAUAGAAUUUCUGGAAGGUGCAGAAGGAGUGGAUCAUCCCUCCCACACACUUCAGCACAGGUAUUCUGAGCACACACAGUUGCAGUCUCAACAAAGAGCUGUCCAGGAAGCCAUCCAGGUGAAGCUGAAUGAGUUUGAGCAGUGGAUAACCCAUUAUCAAACUGCCUUCAGUAAUUUAGAGGCAACACAACUUGCAAGUCUGCUCCAAGAAAUUAGCACACAAAUGGACCUAGGUCCUCCAAGUUAUGUCCCAGCAACAGCAUUUCUGCAGAACGCAGGCCAGGCACAUCUAAUCAGUCAGUGUGAACAGCUGGAAGGAGAGGUUGGUGCUCUUCUGCAGCAGAGAAGAUCUGUGUUACGGGGUUGUCUGGAACAAUUGCACAACUAUGCAACAGUAGCUCUGCAGUAUCCAAAAGCUGUGUUUCAGAAGCACCGAAUAGAGCAGUGGAAAACCUGGAUGGAAGAACUCAUUUGUAACAUGACAAUAGAGCGUUGCCAGGAUAUCUUUAGGAAGUAUGAAAUGCAGUACGCGCCUCAGCCCCCGCCGAGCAUGUGCCAGUUCAUAACGGCCACAGAGAUGACGCUGCAGCGCUACGCAGCCGAUAUCAACAGCAGGCUCAUCAGGCAGGUGGAGCGGCUGAAGCAGGAGGCGGUCACCGUGCCCGUGUGCGAGGAGCAGCUCAAGGAGAUCGAGCGCUGCAUCAAAGUUUUCCUGCACGAGAACGGCGAGGAGGGCUCGCUGAGCUUGGCCAGCGUCAUCAUCUCUGCUCUCUGUGCGCUGACCAGGCGGAACCUGAUGAUGGAAGGUGCAGCGUCCAGUGCUGGAGAGCAGCUGGUUGAUUUGACUUCCAGAGAUGGAGCCUGGUUCCUGGAGGAGCUCUGCAGCAUGAGUGGGAAUGUCACGUGCCUUGUGCAGCUGCUGAAGCAGUGUCAUCUUGUACCCCAGGACUUAGAUAUUCCAAACCCCAUGGAAGCAUCAGAAGCUGUUCACUUAGCCAAUGGAGUAUAUAUCUCACUUCAGGAAUUGAACUCAAACUUCCGACAGAUCAUUUUCCCUGAAGCACUUAGGUGCUUAAUGAAAGGAGAGUAUACUUUAGAAAGUAUGCUCCAUGAAUUGGAUAAUCUUAUAGAACAAACAACAGAUGGAGUCCCUUUGCAAACGCUGGUUGAAUCACUGCAAGCCUACUUGCGAAAUGCUGCUAUGGGUAUAGAGGAGGAGACACACACUCAUUAUAUUGAUGUUGCAAGAGUACUUCAUGCUCAGUAUGGUGAGCUGAUUCAGCCAAGAAAUGGUUCAGUUGAUGAAACUCCAAAAAUGUCAGCUGGUCAGAUGCUUUUGGUAGCUUUUGAUGGAAUGUUUGCUCAAGUGGAAACUGCAUUUGGUUUAUUGAUUGAAAAGCUAAACAAGAUGGAGAUACCUCUUGCUUGGCGCAAGAUUGACAUAAUCAGGGAAGCCCGCAGCACCCAAGUUAACUUCUUUGAUGAUGACAAUAAUCGGCAAGUUCUGGAGGAAAUUUUCUUUUUGAAGAGACUGCAAACAAUUAAAGAAUUUUUCAGGCUCUGUGGUACCUUUUCUAAGACACUGUCAGGAAUCAGUUCACUGGAAGACCAGAAUGCAGUAAAUGGACCUGUUCAAAUUGUCAAUGUAAAAGCCCUUUACAGGAACUCUUGUUUUAGUGAAGAUCAAAUGGCCAAGCCAAUUAAGGCUUUUACAGCAGACUUUGUGAGGCAGCUUUUAAUUGGCCUUCCAAAUCAAGCUUUGGGGCUGACCUUGUGCAGUUUCAUCAGUGCUCUGGGUGUCGAUAUCAUUGCUCAGGUAGAAGCUAAAGACUUUGGAGCAGAAAGCAAAGUUUCUGUGGAUGACCUGUGCAAGAAGGCUGUGGAGCACAAUAUCCAGAUUGGCAAGUUCUCACAGCUGGUGAUGAACAGGGCCACAGUCCUGGCCAGUUCCUACGACACGGCCUGGAAGAAGCACGACCUGGUGCGCAGACUGGAAACCAGCAUCUCCUCCUGCAAGACCAGCCUGCAGAGAGUGCAGCUGCACAUUGCCAUGUUCCAGUGGCAGCACGAAGAUCUCCUCAUCAGUCGCCCCCAGGCUAUUUCUGUCACUCCUCCACCUCGGUCAGCAAUUUUAGCCAGCAUGAAAAAGAAACUUCACACACUCAGCCAGAUUGAAGCUUCCAUUGCAACGGUCCAGGAGAAACUAGCAGCACUUGAAGCAAGUAUUGAGCAGCGUUUAAAAUGGGCAGGAGGUGCUAAUCCUGCACUGGCCCCAGUCUUGCAAGAUUUUGAUGCCACUAUUGCUGAAAGAAGAAAUCUUGUACUGAAAGAAAGUCAAAGAGCAAGUCAGGUCACUUUCCUUUGCAGUAAUAUCAUUCAUUUUGAAAGUUUACGAACGAGAACAGCAGAAGCCCUAAAUCUUGAUGCUGCAUUGUUUGAACUCCUCAAACGCUGUCAACAAAUGUGUUCCUUUGCAUCCCAGUUCAACAGCUCAGUGUCUGACCUGGAGCUUCGCCUGCUGCAGAGAGUGGGCACUGGUCUCGAACAUCCUAUUGGCAGCUCUGAAUGGCUUCACUCAGCUCACAAGCAGUUGACCCAGGAGAUAUCUACACAGAGAACAGUACAAACAGAAAGAGAACAGCAAAUAGAAACAGUUUGUGAAACAAUUCAGAAUCUGGUGGAUAGUAUUAAAACUGUGCUCACAGGUCAUAACAGACAGCUUGGAGAUGUCAAACAUUUACUGAAAGCUAUGGCAAAGGAUGAAGAAGCAGCUUUGGCAGAUGGUGAAGAUGUUCCCUAUGAGAACAGUGUUAGGCAGUUCCUGGGUGAAUAUAAAUCGUGGCAAGAUAAUAUUCAGACAGUUCUGUUUACAUUAGUUCAGGUUAUGGGUCAAGUCCGCAGUCAGGAACAUGCUGAAAUGCUGCAGGAAAUAACUCCCACCUUGAAAGAACUUAAAACACAGAGCCAAAGUGUCUACAAUAAUCUGGUGGGGUUUGCAUCACCCUUAGUCACGGAUACAGCAAAUGAAUGCUCCAGCCCAACUUCAGCUGCUACAUAUCAGCCAACCUUUGCUGCAGCUGUACGGAGCAAUACAGGGCAGAAAACUCAGCCAGAGGUGAUGUCACAGAACGCAAGAAAGCUGAUUCAGAAAAAUCUUGCAACAUCAGCAGAUACUCCUCCAAACACAGUCCCAGGAACUGGCAAAAGUGUUGCUUGUAGUCCCAAAAAGACAGCCAGGGACCCUAAAACAGGAAAAGCUGUGCAGGAGAGGAAUUCCUACGCAGUUAGCGUGUGGAAGCGGGUCAAAGCCAGGGUUGACUUUGUGAUUAAGGAAGCAACUAAUCUAGAUAACUUGGCUCAGCUGUAUGAAGGUUGGACUGCCUGGGUAUGAGUAGGGAGACAGCAGCUCGGUCUGGUUCAGCGAGGUCAGACAUCCACCAGAAUCAACUCGGCCUCAGGCAUCCGUAGCCGCACCACAGUCGGUGGUGAUGCAUACUGGGGCUUAAUCUGAGGAAACCUAGGAAAUCUCGGUGCACUGGGAAGUGAAUCCUGCAGGAUAGCUGCACUCAGGGAUACGCUAAACACAAUGGUCUGCAACCCCCACGGUCAAGGGUGAAAGCUCACCGCUUGAGCAACACGGUUUGUCUUUCUGCUACGGAAGAACUGCAAACGUGUCUGGGGGUCAGCUGCAGAAAGAAAUCAGGAUGCUACAAACCGCAGAGUGAUUUGGAACUCAAUUCCACCUGACCCUGUGAACAAUUCAGGAAACACCGAACCCUGUUCAAAGAAAAACAGAAAAAUGGGGCCAUGAAGAAAUCACAGCAAGGGCAGAUUUGAUGCAUUCAGAUUCUUGUUCCUCUUGUUACGUGGCAGCAGUGCUGGUUGAGUUGACCAGUUAGUACGGGAAAAGGCUACAAAAUGUAAACUUCAGAAAUGGACUGAAAGCAAAGAGCUGUACAUCAGAUACACGCUGCAUUGGAAGAACUUCUGAGAUAGAAGAAAAAGCCUUUGUUCUCUUCUCCCUUUCCUCUUUCCUUUCUCUCCUUCCUCCCAGCCUCUCCUUGCAUACACCCCUCUUGGCUUAUUCUUGUAGGUUAGGCGUACUUCCAAUAUACUUUUUAUUUCAAGCCUUCUACUUCACAGUUCAGUCAAAUUAACAGCUUAAAUUCUGUUUGGUAAGCAAUUUUUCCAAAAGCACUGAAAAUAUAGAACAUCAAUGAUUACUUAUGAGUUGGAUGGUCAGAUGCAAAAUGUAAUUUUGGUUAUUUUAAAGUCAUUUUUGUGAUUCUAUUAUGUACAGUUUCUCAAAAUUGUCACUGUGCAUUUAAAAGUAAUGAUUCCUACAGGCAUUUGAUUUAAUGUGCACUUCCCUCUGCUUGCAGUGUACACUUUUUUGUAAUUCAAAUUGUCCCUCCAAUCUCAUUCUACUGUGAUUGCUGUAGUUUCUUUCGUACAACGUAGCUAAUCCAAUGUAAUCUUUACCUUUUUAAAAACCAGGCUAGAGUAUCUAGUAGAGUUUUACAUUGUUGAUGACAGAUAAACAAUAAAGUGAUGUUCUGGUGGA